ACGUUUUAAAGACUUUCGCUUUCAGUUGGCAAUUUUUCAAUUUUGUUAAAACUCUUAGUUCUGAUGUCUGCUUUAGUCGAUCGCCGCAGCUUCUGUGGAGUGCUGUCCAAACGACUGACCUGUGGUCCCCGCGUUUGCUGCCGUUUUCACACAAAGCUGAAAACCCCUGCACCGAGCAGCAGAAAAACAAAACUUGUUCUUAGGCUUGACAACGGAAAACGGCGCUUAAAAUUAAAACAACGAUAUUCUCAAGCUAUCACUUGGAUUUUAUCGGCUAAGGCAACAACAUGUGGCUACUCAUACCGAUUCUGGUGUACUCCGUGAUAUUUCUGUAUAUACGACACAUCUACAGCUAUUGGCGGCGCAAGGGCUUCCCCCAUGAAAAGUCCAGUCUGCGCUGGUCAUUCAUACGCAACAUCUAUAAUCGAGAGUUCCACUUCAGUGAGGCCAUCAACAGUUUCUAUAAGACGGGCAAGGAACGUUUUGUGGGCAUCUAUUGUUUCUUUCGGCCCGUACUUAUGGUAAGAGAUCUGCCAUUGGCCCGUACCUUGAUGGAGAAUCAGGGUGGCCAUUUCAACGAUACCAAAUGGGAUUAUGUACGAAGUUAUCGCAAAUACAAUCUGCUGGAAAAGCUGUCGCCCAUAUUUGCCACCACACGCUUGGAGGCCAUGUUUCGUAAUAUCGAAAAAGUGGGCGAACAUCUGGUGAAUCAUCUCAACUUGGGUCCAUUGGUUAGCAUCAGCAGCACCUCUACAGACGGCGCCUGUGUUGAUAUGCAACAAUUGUUGAGAAUUUACUCGGUAAAUAUAAUCGCCAAUCUUAUCUAUGGCCUGGACAUUGAUGUUUUCAAACAAAACGAUUCAGUUUUUCGUCAUUAUGCCAACAAUUCCCUACGCAAAUCUGGAUUCAAUUCAUACACCUUUAAUCGUCUACCCAUAAAAUCCUCUCUCACUUAUCGCCUGCGUGAUAUAGUGCGCAAGAGUGUGGAGUUGCGUGAAGAUGGCGGCACCAUACGCAAGGAUCUGCUGCAACUUUUGGUGAAAUUUCGCAAUGGCAAUGACAUAGAGGUCAAAGAUAAACUCAAUUGGCAUAUAGAAAUUGUUUUCGAACGGGAGAAGGUCUUAUCCAUAAAGAAAAUGGGAAGAAUUGCCGAACAUCUGUUGGACAAUGGUAUGACAACUAUGGCCUCCACAGCGAUAUUUACACUCUAUGAGUUGUUAAAAAAUCCCGCAUUAAUGAGAAAAAUUCAGGAAGAGUUGAAGCGAAUACAAAUACAGGAUACAGCAGUAGACAAACAAAAGACUGUAUACGAACAAAUGAGGCAAUUGAAAUUAAUGGAUUUGUGUAUACAAGAAACCAUACGCAAAUACCCCAGUGUCCCCACCAUAGAGCGAACCUGCCGCAAACCCUUUCCCAUACCAAAUAGCAAACAUGUCUUAAGCGAGGGCAAAUCGUUUAUAGUGCCUCUCCUGGCCAUACAGAGAGACGAACGAUAUUUCCAGGAACCCUUGGAAUAUAAGCCAGAACGGUUUCUGAAAGAUAGCAAUGGCAAUAAGGGAGAAAACUUCAUAGGAUUUGGCUUGGGUGCCAAAUCAUGCAUUGCUCAAAAUUUUGUUAAAUUAGUUGUUAAAUAUAUUUUGGUAAAACUUUUCCUAAACUACCAUAUGGAGUUGGUGCCCACAGAUGAUUUCGAUAUUUGCUAUGACGAUACACCCUUUAUACGUUCGGAAGCAGGUCUGAAGGUGAAACUUAGGCCGAAAGUUAAAUUUGAAAUUUAAGUCGUUCACAAUAAUAUUGGCAACUGUUAGAUACAUAAGGCAAUAAAUAAGAUAUUUAAGUAUUAUGUGAAAAAUAUUGAGAAUAUUAAGAAGUAAAAUGGGGUUCAGUUUGGCUGGGCUGAACCUUAUAUUCCCUCUACUAUGGAUCGCAUUUAUCAAA